CAUUCUCUUCUUUUUAUCAUGUUGUUGUCUGCUGGUUUACUAUACUCUCCUUCUCCUUCUCCUUCUUCCUCUUAAUCCCCACAGUUCGCCGCCAUCUCCACCACCACCGCCACCAAAUCCUUCACAAACUAUUGCAUGUCCAUGUCAAUUCUAUCACUAUCAAAUCAUUGUCAAUACAAUCUCUGCAAGCAUGUAGCUAUGUGCUCGGGCAACAAAUCUUGAUUCAGUUUGUUUAUGCAAUCCUUUUCCCGUUGCUGUCAGGGAUUCUACACCAUGGAAGAUGCUCAAUCAGUUGCCACGCUUAUAGAUUCCACAACAACUAAAAUACAACAGCUUCAACAAGCAUUUGCAGAGCUUGAAAACCACCGAGCUGUAUCCUUAAACCUUAAAUGGAAAGAGCUCGAGGCACAUUUCCAUGGGCUUGAGAGGUCUUUGAAGAGAAGGUUUGAUGAUUUGGGAGACCAGGAAAAGGAGUUUAAGAACAAGGCAUCUGAGGCGCGGGAAUUAGUGGAGAAGAAGAAGGCUGCAGUGAAGGCCAAGGAACACGCUUCAUUGGAGAAGCUCCAACAGAAGAGAGAUGCUGCCCUCUUUGUUAUCGGGGAUGCUUUUAAGAAAUACAAGACGUCAUCUGUAAAACCUGUGGUUGUUAAAGUUGAGGAUAGCUGUGAGUCUGAUUUGACUGUGGAAGAGAAACCCCCUGACAUGAAGGUUGCUUCCGUUGAUCCAGAUGAAGUGAAUAAGAUUUCCGACAAUGAAACUAUGGAUGUAAAACCUCGUCCCGAGUUGGCCAAGUUAUGUGAAGAGAUGGACUCUAAAGGGCUUCAUAAAUAUAUUUCAGAUAACCGCAAGAAUCUAGCUACCAUUCGUGAGGAAAUUCCAUUUGCAUUAAUGAUCUCGGCUGACCCUGCUCGUUUGGUGUUGGAUUCUCUGGAAGAUUUCUACCGCAUAGAAGCUCCAACCUCAGAUGGGAAGAGAGACUCCGGACUCUUGGGUCUCCGACGAACUUGUAUUAUGUUGAUGGAAUGUCUAGCCCAAUCUUUAGCUGAUACUGGACGGGUUUGUUUCUCCGAUGUUAUCAAUCAUGAUAUUAAGGAACACGCAAAGGCUACUGCUGAGGAGUGGAAACCAAAGUUGGAUGACCUCGAUGUUGAUGCAAGCAGUGGAAACUCAUUGGAGGCUCAUGCUUUCUUACAACUUCUGGCCACUUUUGAUAUUGCUAGGGACUUCGACGAGGAAGAAACACUAAAAUUAAUACCUACAGUUUCUCGUCGCCGUCAGACAGCUGAUCUUUGCCGUCUACUAGGUUUGUCACACAAAAUGCCAGGUGUGAUUGAAGUCCUGGUAAAUACUGGAAGACAAAUCGACGCUGUUAACCUGGCUUAUGCAUUUGAACUUACCGAGCAAUUUUCACCUGUAGUAUUGCUUAAAUCUCACUUAAAAGAAGCACGGAAAGCUUCCUCGCCAACAAAGCCUGGAAACGCAUCUCCCACAGCUGAGAAUGAGGUUAACGACCGGGAACUAACUUCCCUUAAAGCUGUGGUGAAGUGUAUUGAAGAACAUAAACUCGAGGGGCAAUACCCAGUUGACCCUCUUCAGAAGCGGAUCUCCCAACUAGAGAAAGCAAAAUCUGAUAAGAAGAGAGUGGCCGAAGCUGCAAAGCCUCAGCCAAAGAGGCCCCGUGCUAAUGGUGGUGGUUUUGCUCCCCGCGUCUCUAACAUCAAUGAAAAAAGCUUCUAUGCUACAGUUCCCGAUAGGUAUCCUCCCUACAACUACGAAAACAUGCACUAUGUAUAUCCAGGACACACCAACAAUCAUCCCACGCCGCUCUUGGGUGCUGCAGCCUACAACAUCCCACCCAACCAUGGUAGCUACUUCGGAAAUGGGUAUGCUUACCAAGCUCCAUAUCUACACUAAGUAGAAAAAGGUGAAACAUGAACUGUAUUCUGAUACUCCUCUCCUUUUAACUACUAGUCAUAAUUAACCCUUUUUCCUGCUUUUCUCUGGGUGUUUCAAUGUAUGAACUAAACAACAAACUGAGUACUUUUAAGUAAAAACAAAUUAGAAUAAACAAAAUGUUUGCAUGUGUGAUUCAGGUGUUACUGUUAAAA